CGGACCGUGUUCAGCGCCUGCCCGCAGGCCGCGGGAGGGUCUGAGCUGUUCGUUGCCGGGGCUGUGGUUUCACCACCCGCCCUCCCUUCGGGUUCCGGCUCCAGCCUCUCCCCGCUUGCGCGCUGCCGAAGCGCGGGGCCGGUGGGUUUGUGCGCCGCAGCCCAGCGAGAGUUAACGCCGGAGCCGCCUCUCCAUUGGCGGCCGCCCGGGCGGGAGGGGCGGCGCAGCCCUUGGGCUGGAAGUUGGCGGGUCCGACAGGCGCCUGCCGCCGCUCGGCUGCGGGAGGAGGCAGGAGGCAGCGCCGGCUCCCUGCCCCGGGGACGCGCUGGCGGGGCGAACUUAGCCGGGGGCGGCCCCGUGCGGGGCUCGGCGCACGUCGCUCGCGGCCGCCGGCGAUGCCUGGGGCCCGCGGACCCGCAGGGAGCCAGCGGGCCCGCGACGCGCUGCCCCUGCCCGCCUGCUAGGGCUGCGGCGCCCGGCCCCGCUCCGUGCCCCGGGCGCCCGCCCGCCCGCCGGCCGGCCGGCCCAGCAUGCUCCGCCCGGGCCCGCUGCUGCAGUCGCUCGCCCUGCUCUGCCUCUGCCCGCGCCGCCCCGGCCCCGCCUGGGGCAGGCUGGCCGCGGGCGCCGCCGCUGCCUGGGACCCGCCGCCGGCCCGCGGCCCCGGCGCGGCGCCCUGGUGCCCCUACAAGGUGUUCGGCGAGGGCCAGGCCAGCGGCCGCCUCUGCUUCAGGAGCCCGGCCCGGGACUUCCAGUGCCCGCCGCCCAGCUGCCGGGCGCACCGCUCGCCGGGCCGCGCCCUGGUGGCCAACGUGCUGGCCAACGGCAGCGUGCUGCUGCAGUGGGGGGCGCCGGGCGGCGACCUGCGGGGCUUCGCCCUCAACUGCUCCUGGGCCGGCACCUACACCCGCUUCCACUGCGACCGCGUCCAGCUGGGGGCCGCCUGCCGCGACUACCUGCUGCGCGAGGCGCACGGCAGCGUGCGCUACCGCCUGUGCCUGCAGCCCCUGGCCCGGGCCGGCGGGCCGCGCGCGCCCCGCGCCGAGUGCGUGGAGUUCAGCCUGGAGCCGGCCGGCCUGCGGGACAUCGUCAUCGCCAUGACGGCCGUGGGGGGCUCCAUCUGCGUCAUGCUCGUCGUCAUCUGCCUGCUGGUGGCCUACAUCACCGAGAACCUCAUGCCGCCGGCCGCCGCCGCCCCCCGCGCCGCCCCCGCCAAGAGGGGCACGUAGGGCGCGGGCCCCGGCGGGGUGGGGGCCGCUCCGGAGCCCGGGGCCGGGAGCGCCCUCUGCAGCCGGGGGGAGCCUGCGACCGGCCCCUAGAGCCAGUGCCUGGAGCGCCUUCUGCAGCCGGGGGAGCCUGGCACCGGCCCCGAGAGCCGGGCCCUGGAGCGCCUUCUGCAGCCGGGGGGAGCCUGCGACCGGCCCCUAGAGCCGGGCCCGGGAGCGCCUUCUGCAGCCGGGGGGAGCCUGCGACCGGCCCCUAGAGCCGGGCCCUGGAGCGCCCUCUGCAGCCGGGGGGGGGGCCUGGGACCGGCCCCUGGAGCCGGGGCCUGGAGCGCCCUCUGCAGCCGGGGGGGGGGGGGGGGCCUGGGACCGGCCCCUGGAGCCGGGGGGCCUGGAGCGCCCUCUGCAGCCGGGGGGAGCCUGGCACUGGCCCCUGGAGCCAGGGCCUGGAGCGCCCUCUGCAGCCGGGGGGAGCCUGGGACCGGCCCCUAGAGCCAGUGCCUGGAGCGCCCUCUGCAGCCGGGGGGGGGGGGCCUGGGACCGGCCCCUGGAGCCGGGGCCUGGAGCGCCCUCUGCAGCCGGGGGGG